AUGAAGACAGAAUUCAAGGUGCGUUUCUCCAACCUCCUGGGCACCGUGUAUGGCCGGGGAAACCUUGUCUUCACACCUGAUGGGAACUCUCUACUCUCGCCAGUAGGCAAUCGAGUUUCUGUGUUUAACCUGACCAAAAAUACCAGUUAUACCCUUCCCUUCGCCCACCGCAAGAACAUAAUACAUCUCCACCUGACACCGGAUGGUAACCUACUUCUUACGAUUGACGAAGAUGGCCGAGCGAUCUUGUCAGUGUUCUCUCGAAGGAUAGCAAUCUACCACUUCACGUUCAAAUCGCCCGUCACUUCGUUGGCUUUCUCGCCGAAUGGCCAAUAUUUUGUUGUGGGACUCGGGCGAAAAAUACAAGCAUGGAAGACGCCUUCGACACCCAGCGGUGACGGAAAUGGCGAACUAGAAUUUGCACCGUUCGUCUUGCAUCGAGAAUAUGGAGGCCACUUUGACGAAGUCAGGCAUCUGAGCUGGUCCGGUGAUUCUCGAUUCUUUCUGAGCGCAUCCAAGGAUUUGACUGCCCGGAUAUGGAGUUUGGACCCUGAGGAAGGAUUCGAACCCACCGUCCUUUCAGGCCACAGACAACAAGUGAGGGGUGUCUGGUUCUCCGCCGAUCAAGAGGCCAUCUUCACCGUCAGCGAAGAUGGAGCAGUCUUUCGCUGGGAAUUUGUCCCACGUCAAAUCGACGAGGAUGACGCUUCAACCGAACCCUUUGAUGAGAGAUGGAGAAUUGUGCAAAAAGACUUUUUCAUGCAGAACGCCAAACUGAAAUGCGCAUGCUUCCAUCCUUCAACGGGUCUGUUGACUGCAUGCUUUGACAGCGGACUCUUCUCCUUAUACGAACUACCGUCGUUUUCCAAUAUUCACAGUCUUUCCAUGGCGUCUUCUCCGAUCUCCGCCGUCGCUACCAACACCACAGGAGAAUGGUUAGCAUUCGGCUCAUUGAAAACUGGUCAAUUACUCGUAUGGGAGCAUGCAUCGGAAUCAAACAUUCUCAAGCAGUCCUCCCAUCUCGAUGCGCUCACAACGCUAACAUUCUCCCCGGACUCAACCCGCAUAAUAACAGGAGCCGAUGAUGGACUGAUCAAGAUCUGGGAGGUGUCGUCUGGUUUUCACAUAGCGACUUUCACAGAACACAGUUCCGCAGUCACAGCAUCUGCAUAUUCCAAACGGGGAAACGUGCUCUUUACCUCGUCCUUGGAUGGGUCUGUACGGGCGUGGGACAUGCUAAGAUAUCGCAAUUUCCGAACUUUCACAGCUCCUACGCGUCUAUCUUUCUCCUGCCUAGCAGUAGAUCCCUCCGCCGAGGUGGUUUGUGCUGGUUCUCACGAUUCAUUCGACAUACAUCUAUGGUCGGUACAAACCGGUGCUCUGCUAGACCAGCUUUCAGGUCACGAGGGCCCAAUUUCUACAUUGGCGUUUACACCAGACGGCCGCUACCUUGUAUCAGGCUCCUGGGACCACACCAUUCGAGUAUGGUCUGUUUUUGACCGCUCACAAACCUCAGAGACUCUGCAGCUUACUUCCGACCUGCUAAGCGUCGCUGUCCGUCCCGACUCCGCGCAGAUUGCGGCAUCAACGCUUGAUGGACAGCUCACAUUCUGGAAUCUCAAUACUUCGAUCCAAGACUCUGUUCUUGACGGUCGACGGGACGUAAGUGGUGGUCGCACUCUCACCUCCCGGAGAACUGCAGCCUCGGCUCCUGGAACAAAGUCCUUCAACAGCAUUACAUAUUCUGCAGACGGGAGCUGCUUGUUAGCGGCAGGAAAUAGCAAGUACAUCUGCUUAUAUUCUGUCGCCACAUUGACCUUGGUCAAAAAGUUCACGGUUUCGAUCAAUCUAAGCUUGGACGGCACUCAAGAGUUUUUGAACUCCGCUGCCAUCAUGUCCAACGGACUCCCACGGGAUAUGAUCGAUACCGAAGGUGAAGCCAGUGAUCUCGAAGACCGGAUAGAUCACAGUUUACCGGGUGUAAAGCGUGGUCGCGAUGCGACCGCCAGAACGAUCCGACCGGCGGUGAGAGUGACCGGCGUUGAGUUUGCGCCCACUGGGCGAAGCUUUUGUGCAGCAAGUACUGAAGGCUUGUUGAUCUACAGUCUUGAUAACACCGGCAUGGACGAUUUCGAUCCUUUCGACCUUGAUUUGGAUGUCACUCCGCAAAACAUACGGGCCAUACUGAAGCAAAACGAGCCGGAUUAUCUCAUGGCACUAGUAAUGGCAUUCAGAUUGAACGACAAAGCCUUGAUACGCAAAGUCUACGAGUCCAUCCCUUACGCCUCCGUGCCGCUGCUUGUGCGAGAACUACCCAGGGUAUAUCUCGGGCGGUUGCUGAUGCUCCUUGGCCAGCAGAUGGAGAACAGCCCGCAUCUUGAAUUCACUCUUCGGUGGGUGGGUGAAGUCCUGAGUGUGCACGGACGCUACAUCAAGGAGAGACCGGGUGAUUUUGCGAGCGAGCUGCGUGCAGUCCUCAGAGGCGUUGACAGCAUGGGGAAAACAGUGCGGUCUCUCAGCGAGCGAAAUGCACUCGAGAUCGAGUUCCUCUGUCAAAAUGUUCCCACUAAAGCUACGCCUCUGGCCAUCAUGUCGGGAGAAAACCAGGACCUCAUGAAUGAUGACGCUAUAGAUGCCGACAAUGAUGAGGGGGACUGGAUAGGCCUGGGUUGA